AUGGGCUCCUUCUCCAUCACCAUGGGCUUCUUCUUCCUGGCCCUUUGGCUUCCAGGCUACAUUGGAGCAAACCCUGUGUAUGGUGCAGUGUCCGACACAGAUCUGAUGGAUUUCAAGAACCUGCUAGACCACCUGGAGGAGAAGAUGCCGUUACAAGAUGAGGUCGUGCCCCCACAGGCCCUGAGUGAGCAGAAUGACGACGCGGGAGCUGCAUUUAGCUCUCUCUCUGAGGUACCUCCCUGGACUGGGGAGGUCAACCCACCUCAGAGAGAUGGGGGUGCCCUUGGGCGCAGCCCCUGGGACCCCUCAGAUAGAUCUGCCCUCUUGAAGAGCAAACUGAGGGCCCUGCUCGCUGCCCCUCGGAGCCUACGGCGGUCUAGCUGCUUCGGGGGUAGGAUCGACAGGAUUGGAGCCCAGAGCGGACUAGGAUGCAACAGCUUCCGGGUAAGAGGAGCUGUGGAGGGAAAUGGGAUGGAGUUUGGGUAG